AGGUGAUGAUUUUGAUAAACGGCAAUGGUCUUCAGCAACAACAUAUGAGCAAUAUAAUAUACAUGAAUCUUAUAGAAAUAAAUCUGAAUUAGGUUGUUUAACAAAGAAUUCAAAUAGAAGUCAAAAGCAAAAGAAUAAAGGCAAAGAAUCUGCCUCAAGAUCUACAUCACGAAAAAAGUCCAAAAAUCGAACAUUAAAUAAUGAAAUAAGCGAAGAUUUUUCUAUACCAACUUCUACUCCUACAACACAAGAACAAACCAAUUAUAUUGAAUGGGAGAAUAAAAAACUUGAAUUACAGCGAGAAAAUUUAGCAAUUCUUAAAGAAGAAAUUGCAUUGCGGGAAAAACUCAAUGGUUUAAAGCAGUUAAGUAAUUAA